GCGGCGACUAAGGUAGCAACUCGACCCGCCCUUAACAACCACAAUAACAACAUUGUGCGGGAAAGGCAAAUUAUGUGUUCAACUUUUCUUUGUUCUGAGUUUUUUUAUAUAUUUCAUUUGGGUAAUGACCGUGAUUAGAGUGGAGACUGAUAAAGCACAGAAUACGAGAAGUUUUUAGGACAUUAUUUGAGGAUGACUUUGCAUGCUCUCCCUCAAGAUACAGUUCGGCUCAUUAAAAGUACACAGGUUAUCACUACACCAGCUUCUAUUGUUAAGGAACUUGUGGAGAAUUCAUUUGAUGCAGAAUCUACAACAGUUUCCAUUAAAGUGGAAAACCAUGGAUUUUCUCGUCUUGAAGUCCGAGACAAUGGAACUGGUGUUCAUGAAGAUGAUGUCAAGUUCAUUGCUAAGCCACAUUAUACUUCUAAAAUUUCAUCCUUUUCUGACUUGGCAUGUUUAACUACUUAUGGGUUCCGGGGUGAGGCAUUAGCAUCACUGUGUACUGUAGCAGAAGUUAUUAUAACAACCAAAACCAAGGAGAGUCCAAUGGGCCAUAUGUAUUUAUUUGACAAUGAAGGAAAUGUAAAGGAAAAGAAGCCUGCAGCCACACCCAAUGGAACGACAGUUGUGGUCAGCAACCUGUUCAAGAAUGUCCCAGUACGACGGCAGUUCUUCAGCAACCCAAAACGUUGUAGAGAAGAGUUUAAAAAAUUAGAGGAUCUUGUACUAGCAUUCUCACUAGCUGUUCCUAAUGUACAUCUUACAUUAUAUCAUGACAAGUCCAUUAUCAUCCAGAAGAAUUCAGCUCGGGAUCUCCGCACUGCUCUCAUGAAUACUUUUCCAGCUGUGUUUAAAGAUUUUGUCUCAAAAAUUAAAUUAAUUGAUGAUAUCAAGUUAGAGGUACAUCUUCCAAGUGCCAGGUGUCUUUCCAACCAAAACUUCAGUCGAGUAACUGCUGACCGUCUCUUCGUUAUGGUCAACCAGCGGCCAGUUAUGCACAAGACUAUUGAAAAGUUGGUGAAAGCUCAUUAUAGCCAAAAGAUGGAAGGGUGUCAUGGUCGUUAUCCCAUUGGUAUUGUUGUCUUGACUCUACCUCUCGAUGCUGUAGACGUCAACUUGGAGCCUAACAAGACUAAGGUUCUACUCAAGGAUGAGGAAAUAGUUCUUGAGUCUCUCAAGGAAAUGCUGACAGAACUUUAUGGUCCUGUUGAGAAUAAGCAAAAAUCUGACGGGAAGAAAGAACCUAAGGCUUGUUCUGCAGUGAACACUCAAGUUACUUGUACUCUGUCUUGUAUUUCACAACCCCCAAAAAAUAAACAUUCAUACACAUUUAAAAAGAGCCAUCAUUCUCAAGAAAGAUUCAGUUCUUCACAUAUGGGAGUAGAGAAUCUUUUGUUGAAGGAUGAAGUUAUGGAAGAUAGUCUUAGACUGAAUGGACAGAAAGUUGGAAAUCUUAAGCCUAAGUCACCACAAUUAUUUGUUAGAGAUGAAGUAGUGGAAAAAGUGGAUCAAUAUUUCUGUAAACAAAACAUUACUAAUGUAAAGCAAACUGUGAUUACAAGCACCCCUCAUAGUGAAGACCAGGAAUUUUGUCCUUCUGUAUCUGAAAGUAUUAUUACCCAUGAUGGAGAAUUAAGACAUUGUGUGGAAGAAACAGAUACUGACCUCGAUAUAUUCUCUUCUAAAGAUGCCCAUAUUUUGAGCUCUGAUGAACAAAAUAUUUCAGGUAUUGAACCCUUGUCUAACUCAAAUUUGUGUAAUAAUGCCAUUAACAUUUCUAAACCAAAAACUAGUGAACAGUCUCUAGACAAGCCAAUGAAACAUAACGGCACUCAUAAUUUGAGCUCUAACAAGCAAAAUAUGUCAUGUAUUGAACCUUUGUCUAUUUCAAGUUCAUGUGAUGUUAAUGAGAAAGAUAUACCUAAAUCUAAACAGUCUAAUGAAUUAAUAAAGCCUAUUGGAAUCAGUGUAGCUUCAUGUGGGUCAGAACCUGAGAGCAAUCUCCUACAUGAAUCUCUCCUAGGAUCAGAUGGUAUUCCUGUCUUCAGAAUUGCUGCACUUCCAUCUGAGGAGCUACAGGCAAGCUUCAUGAAUGACCAGCCUUGUCAAGUUUCAGGAACAGAGAAAGAAAAUGUAAAAUUGACACAUUUAAAUAUUUGUUAUGAUGAAAAAGAUAGAGAACAAAAGACAAACUCACGAGAAAGUUUUACUGCAUUGAAAAAGUCAUCUUGUGAAGAGGAGUCUCUAAAUCCUUCCAUAGCUUCAAGUACAGAGAAAUCCACCGGAGGAUACUGGAGCAGAGGUCUUACAACAACUGGUGCAAAUAUUCAGACUGUACAGCUUGUUAAUUCUGCAAGUGCUGAAGGAAGAGUUCCCAACAGGAAACUUUCUCUUGGGAGUGAUGUAAGAAAGAGAGCACCAGUUGAGCUUCAAGGAGCAGAAGCUGUGCUAUCAAAGAAACCUAAACUUGAUUCAUUAAAACCAUCUGGCAGUGAAUAUAUCCAUGGCAAACAAGUAAAGAAACCAUCAAGUCCCUUCAUUCUUUUUUCAAGGGAUGUAAGGUCUCAAGUGUUAUCUGAAAAUCCUGGUGCAGACUUUGCUUUCAUUGCAAAGGAGUUGGCAGAAAGAUGGAAAGCUUUAGACCAUGAAACAAAAUGUUGUUAUAACGAUCAGGCUAAGCUGGAGAUGGUUAAAUACCAGGAGGAAGUCAGGAAAAUCCGAGAAAAUAGAGGCUUGAACACUUCAUUUAAUUCCCCAUCGAAAAAAAUUAGAAUGACUAAGGCAUCACUGGACAGGUACAUUGCUCCCAUGACUCCUCAGUUGAGCAAAAAUGGUGGAAAGUACGUCCAGAAGCAACCACUUGUAUCGAUAAGAUCUUGGCGUGAACGCAGUUUGGAGAUACACAUAACUAUAGAUAAAAUCAAGGAGGUACUGAAGAGCAAUCCUCCUGAUAUUAACUCAGGCAGCUUAACAACAUUGCUUGGUCCCUUGACUUCCUGUGGAGGUUGGCUGUGCUUGAGAGAAAGAAAUAUCAUAGGACUCAACACAUUUAGACUACAUGAAACUGUUCUUGUCAACAGUCUUAUGAAAACUUUUUGUCUUCCUGUGAAAGACCUCACUGAUUUUAUACCAUUUAAUGCAAGCACCCUUGGAAUAGAGAGCUGGAAGCUUCUGCUAAAGCUUCAUCGAGAAAUGGUGCCUGAUCGCAACAUGUACAUAGUUAAGGAUCUCAGAUUUGCAUACAAUGGUUUUAAAAUAGCACUUUAUCCUGGAACCAAUAGCAGCAAUCCCAUAUUAACUCAUGGAGAGAUCAUUGGGAUGACUGAUGCUGUUGGCUACUAUGGCAUUAAUGACUUUAAAGAACUGUUGUCCAGUUUAGUGGCACAUCCAUCUGCAACCAUAGAUCAAACACGCCCACUGAAAUUACAGCACUGGAUAAAGGUAAUAGUAGUAGCAAUAACUUGGUAGAGUUAUAAGUACAGGGAUGUGUAGUUUGUACCAAUAUCUCUAAAAUAGUACUGUACUUAUGAGAACCUUCAAAAGGUUUUUCCAGUUGAGAAUCAUUCUGCAAAAUGAGUACUCAGUCAUAUGCUGUAGGAACUAUCUAAGAUGAUUUAAAUUUUGAGGAAAAAAUUAGACUUAAUAUGAUUUUAUUUUUUUAUUAACACAGCCAUUUCCCACCAAGGCAGGGUGGCCCAAAAAAGAAAAACUUUGUCAUCAUUCACUCCAUCACUGUCUUGCCAGAGGCAUGCUCACACUACAGUUAUAAAACUGCAACAUUCAUACCCCUCCUUCAGAGUGCAGGCACUGUACUUCCCAUCUCCAGGACUCAAGUACAGCCUGCUGGUUUCCUUGAAUCCCUUCAUAAAUGUUACCUUGCUCACACUUCAACAGCACGUCAAGUCCUAAAAACCAUUUGUCUCCAUUCUCUCCUAUCUAACACACUCACACAGAAAACCUCCUUUACCCCCUCCCUCCAACCUUUCCUAGGCCGACCCCUACCCUGCCUUCCUUCCACUACAGAUUUAUACACUCUCGAAGUCAUUCUAUUUCAUUUCAUCCUCUCUACAUGUCCGAACCAUCUCAACAACCCCUUCUCAGCUCUCUGGAUAAUAGAUUUGGUAAUCUUGCACCUCCUCCUAAUUUCCAGACUACGGAUUCUCUGCAUUAUAUUCACAAUCACACAUUACUCUCAGACAUGACAUCUUCACUGCCUCCAGCCUUCUCCUUGUUGCAACAUUCACCAUCCAUGCUUCACACCCAUAAAAGAGCAUUGGUAUACCUAUACUCUCAUACAUUCCCCUCUUUUCUUCCAUGGAUAAUGUUCUUUGUCUCCACAGACUCCUCAGUGCACCACUCACCUUUUUUCCUGUCAUUUCUAUGAUUCACUUCAUCUUUCAUAUACCCAUCUGCUGACAUGUCCACUCCUAAAUAUUUAAAUACAUUAACCUCCUUCAUACUCUCUCCCUCCAGUAUGAUAUCCAGUCUUUCGUCACCUAAUCUUUUUGUUAUCCUCAUCACUUUACUCUUUCCUGUAUAUUCACUUUUAACUUCCUUCUUUUACAUACCCUACCAAACUCAUCCACCAACCUCUGCAACUUCUCUUUAGAAUCUCCCAAAAACAUAGUGUCAUCAGCAAAGAGCAACUGUGGCAACUUCCACUUUGUGUUAGAUUCUUUAUCUUUUAAUCCCACACCUCAUGGAAACACCUGACCAUUCACUUCUCUGACAACCCCAUCUAUAAAUAUAUUGAACAACCAUGGUGACAUCACACAUCCCUGUUUAAGGCCUACUUUUACUGGGAAAUAAUCUGCCUCUUUCCUACAUACUCUAACCUGAGUCGCACUAUCCUCGUAAAAACUCUUCACUGCUUUCAGUAACCUGCCUCCUAUUACAUGCAUUUGCAACAUCUGCUACAUUGCCCCCUAUCUACCCUAUCAUAUGCCUUUUCCAAAUUCAUAAAUGCCACAAAAAACCUCUUUACCCUUAUUGAAAUACUGUUCACCUAUAUGUUUCACUGUAAACACUUGGUCUACACACCCCCUACCUUUCCUAAAGCCUCCUUGUUCAUCUGCUAUCCUGCUCUCUGUCUUACUCUUAAUUCUUUCAAUAAUAACUACCAUACACUUUACUAGGUAUACUCAAAAUAGACUUCUUUCUUUCUUUCAACACACCAGCUGUAUUCCACCAAGGCAGGGUGGCCCAAAAAGAAAAACGAAAGUAUCUCUUUUUAAAUUUAGUAAUUUAUACAGAAGGGGUUACUAGCCCCUUGCUCCCGGCAUUUUAGUUGCCUCUUACAACACUCAUGGCUUAUGGAGGAAGAAUUCUGUUCCACUAUAAUUUUUACACUCUCUUUUGUCCCCUUUGCCUUUAUAUAAAGGAACAAGGCAUGCUUUCUGCAUGCACAGCCACUCCAAAACUAUAUCACCACUUGCUUUAACAUUUCUAUCUUUAUCCCAUCAGUUCCAACUGCUUUACCCCCUUUCAUUCUAUCCACUGCCUCGUGCACUUGCCCCACACUCACAACUGGUUCUUCCUCACUCCUUCAAGAUGUUAUUCCUCCUUGCCCUAUACAAGAAAUCAAAGGUUCCCUAUCUUCAUCAACAUUUAACAAUUCUUCAAAAUAUUCCCUCCAUCUUCCCAAUACCUCUAAUUCUCCAUUUAAUAACUCUCCUCUCCUAUUUUUAACUAUCAAAUCCAUUCAUUCCCUAGGCUUUCUGAACUUAUUAAUCUCACUCCAAAACUUUUUCUUGUUUUCAACAAAAUUUGUUGAUAACAUCUCACCCACUCUCUCAUUUGCUCUCUUUUUACAUUCCUUCACCACUCUCUUAACCUCUCUUUUUCUUUCUAUAUACUCCUCCCUCCUUGCAUCACUUGUACUUUGUAAAAACCUCUCAUUCCACCAAUCAGUCUUCUUCCCUCCCACACCCACUUUCCUGUAACCGCAAACUUCUGCUGAACACUCUAAUACUACAUUCUUGAACCUACCUUAUAUAUCUUACCCUAACUGCCUCCUUAAUUUAUAAACCUUCACCUCUCUCUUACUUGCUGCUUCCAUUUUCCUUCUCUCCCAUCUACUUUUUACUUUAACUGUAGCUACAGCUAAAAAGUGACCUGAUAUAUCUGUGGCCCCUCUAUAAACAAGUACAUCCUGAAGUCUUCCCAACAGUCUUUUAUCUACCAAUACAUAGUUCAACAAACUACUGUCAUUAUGGCCUACAUCAUAUCUUGUAUACUUAUUUAUCAUUUUUUUUCUCAAAAUAUGUAUUACUUAUAACCAAACCCCUUUUUACACAAAGUUCAAUCAAAGGCAUCCCCAUUUACAUUUACACCUGGCACCCUAAACUUACCUACCACACCCUCUCUAAACAUUUCUCCCGCUUUAGCAUUUAGGUCCCCUACCACAAUUAAUCUCGCUUGGUUCAGAAGUUCCUACAGACUUGCUUAACAGCUCCCAAAAUCUCUCUCUCUCCUCUCCAGGUGCAUACACACUUCCCACUUUUUGCACCUAACCCUUAUUUUAAUCCACAUAAUCCUUGUAUUUUUACAUUUAUAUUCCCUCUUCUCCUUCCAUAACUGAUCCUUCAACAUUAAUAUGAAUAUAGCUAAAUUUACAACCAAAAAUAUAAUCUCUUAUUUUUCUCAUCUUCUGUAUUAUUAAAACUUUCAUACUUUACCUUUUAACCCUUUGACUGUCGAAGGGCCAAAUCCUGAA